AGAGUGGAGGGGAUAAAAGUGUAGCGCGAAAGGGGAAGCAAUAGGGAGGAAGGCGAGAGAGGGAAAAUCUGUCUGACACGGUCGCAGAACCGUGCGUGCCUCCGUGCAGUUCCGUGCUUUUCCGUACGCGUCAAGAUCAGCUGUGUGUGUGUGCGUCUCUCUCGAGGCCACGAGUCGAAGAAGAAAUGACAGCAGUCGAGAGAACGGCCGCGAUGCCCUUUUCGCUCUCGUGAGGGUGGGUAAAGCUUUUCUAAUUUCGAGAGAAGGCGGGCCAGACAUCUCUGUCACCACCCGCCGUUUUAACUUUGCAAUAAGGCUCGAUCGAGAGGAUGAACGGAAGCCUGGGAAUACCUCGAGGACCCGAACAACAUCCACAGAGAUUCGCCGAUUAUUUCGUUAUAUGCGGUCUCGAUAAAGAUUCGGGCCUUGAACCAGAUAAAUAUUUCGGAGAUUCUUUACAAUGUACACCUCUGGAUCGAGCAUACAAGAGCAAAGUUUUAGGACAUUAUCCGGACUCAGUACCAUGGAAUCCAUUCGACGAGCAUGCAGUUUGUAUGCUUUGCCUACCAAGCGGUCUGAGAUUUCGAACACAGAAACAUUCAGUCGAGCCGACGUUUCAUUCGUUUGUCCUGACCAAAGAAGAUGGCCACAGGACGUACGGUUUCAGUCUGGUAUUCUACGAAGAGUGUCGUAAUCGUAAGAUAUGCGCUGCUAUGCAAACGUUGCAAGCGAUGCAUAUCACAGAAUUAAGUAGUGGUCAGAACGGUACACCGCCAACGGCGAGAAAAGGUCAGGAGGGACACAAUACUAGAUCCUUGCCACGUCAUUUUAAAUUGUCAGCACAUUCCCCGAGUGCAGCAUUAGCUUAUUACGAUUCAACCAAAGAUAAAUUAUUAGUGACCAAGUCAAUUUCUUUGCUCUGUCAACAGCCCUAUCUUCACGCGGCCAGAACGUUCCUGACCAAUCUAUACAAGUGUGUUCCUAGGCAUCCAGGACCUGGCCUUAGUUUAGAAUCAUACGUGUACAAUCUUUUGUACAAUGUACCAGUACCAUUACCUGGAAAAUCAUUAAAAUUUUUUAUACCAAACGAUGAACCAGCUAAAGUUCCCUUAGAAUUGGUUAUACAUCAGCCUAUGCCAUCGCAAGAAUUACCAAUGUUGGAUUAUCCUUUGAAAGAUGUAUUUACAUGGCUGGGAGCCGAUUGCGUUAUACAGUUGUUCACUUGCGUCCUUUUGGAGAAUCAAGUUUUACUCAGAAGUUCGGACUUUAACAAACUGAUGGUAGUAUCCGAGUGUAUAACCGCCCUUUUGUUUCCCUUUUCGUGGCAGCACGUUUACGUACCUAUAUUGCCAGCCAGUCUACAUCAUUUCUUAGAUGCACCAGUUCCAUUUAUAAUGGGAUUGCAUGCUCAGAGCGAAGGUGGUGUAUUAAAAAUUGCUAGCGAAGCAAAUCUUUGUUAUGUAGAUAUAGAUAAGCAAAGUAGCCAAUUCCCGGAGGAGUUACCUGUAUUCCCACAUAAGAUGCAGUUUAUUGCUGAGAUUAGAGCACUUUUAAAUAAGUACAAAGUACCACAAACGGGAAAGACUGAUAAUAUGUUCAUAAACUAUGUCAAUGGUGACAUUAUGACUAGCAGCUUGACUCUUCCUGGUUCUGGAUUUCACCUUCCACGUAGAAAGCAUUCGUUACAUGAUGUUUUAGAUUGGGACAGACCUGAUUCCACACCCCAAACAGAUGCUUUUCAACGAAUUGUUGAUAUAGUUAAGAGAACAGGUGUAAAUGUAGAUGAUAUUGAUUCUGUGGAUGAUACUAUUAAUGAAAAAAUACUCACUCCCCAAGAGGAAUAUCAAGAAACUCUCAUUUUUAAUAAUGCCAUUAGAGAGAUUUUUUUGAAUCGUUUUGUACAAAUGUUUUGUAGUUAUGAACAUUUUGUUAUUCUACCAAGUCAAGAUAAAGACGAAUGGUUGAAUAAUAGAGACAGUAUGCAUGUCUUUGAUAAAGCAACAUUUUUAUCCGAUCAACCUGCGCAACAUCUACCAUUUUUAUCAAGGUUUUUAGAAACACAAAUGUUUGCUUCCUUGGUUGAUAGUAAAGUUAUGUCAACGUGGAGCGAACUCGAUUAUAAUAUCAAAGUUUUUGACGAUAGAAUUACAUUUUUAAAAAAAAAAGUUGGUGAAACUAUUAUAAGAUCGACACGUUACGAGACAUGCACGAGCAUGACUGAAACACAAAAAGUUUUGGAACAGAGAUUAACCAACGUAGAUUUUGAAACCAAUCCACCAACAGAGAUUGUUCCACAUAGAGCUGCAUAUUUCAGGAGUUUUCCUUUACUAGAUACGGUCGCGUUAAACAAAGAACCUGCUCAAAGUAGUAGAAAAGGACAGACACAGUGGAAAUAUAAAAUGAAAUCUAUGGAGUCAAAUGGUAAAACAGCGGUACCUCAAGAAUCUCAAUCUCCACGACCACAAACAAAGCUCUCUGCGGAUAUGAGUCCAGCACUAAUAGCGCAAGCCAAUUGGACUUUCGUUGAAAAAUUGCUUAAGGAUUGUAAAUCUAAAACCAAAAGAAUGUUAGUCGAAAAAAUGGGCUCUGAAGCUGUUGCUCUUGGGCAUGCGAGUGAAUCUCUCUCUGACGUGGAAGAAAAUACAUUAGUAGCUAGCCUCUGUGAUUUAUUGGAAAGGAUAUGGAGUCAUGGAUUACAAAAUAAACAGGGCAAAAGUGCUCUUUGGUCUCAUCUUACAAUGUAUCAGGAAUUGGAGGAAUGUAAUGUUACAACUAAAACUAUAGAUCCCAAUUUUCUUUCUCCCGCCUUAGCGUGGUGCGUGCUGCGGAAACGUCUCGAUUUACCCAAGAAAUCGCCAAAUAAACUUUUUGGGUUACCGGAUCGUUUAAUCGCAUCCUUAAAGAGCAGAAAUAUUUUUGAGAUUGCUUCCUAUAUCAAGGAGAAUUUUAAUGAUUUAUCAAAACUGGCAUUGGAGACUGAUGUCUCUCCAACAAGAGGAACGGAUAAGCACAAAUCUCCUGGGGAAAGAAGAGCUAUUGGACCGGAGCAUUUGCGACCUUUACCUGAAUCAUUGACUUUUGAUAUUCGAAAUAUCCAAGCAAUGACAGAUAUUAAAACGCACAUUGGAUAUGCCAGAGCAUGGGUGAGAUUAGCAUUAGAAAAGAAGUUAUUAUCUCGACAUUUAAAAACACUCCUAUCUGAUACAGCGCUUUUAAGGAGUCAAUAUAAACGAUCAGCAUUUUUACGCUGUGAGGAAGAAAAGGAACAGUUUUUAUAUCAUUUAUUGACGUUAAAUGCGGUCGAUUAUUUUUGCUUUACAAAUAAUUAUCCUACUACUAAGUUACCAUAUAGGGUUGUAAUAUUUCCAAGUCGUAAGGCAAGCGCAGCUACAACUUCUGCCAAUAGUUGGAUCGCUAUAUCUGGUACAUUGUGCGAGACUAAUCCUGUUCCAAUUCCUAAAGCAGCUCUAGAAUUUGUAUUUCACCAUAAAAAUUUAGGUGUCCUAUCGACUUUGCGGAUUGGUCAUGACAAUACUGGUCUUUCUCCUAAAUGGAUGGUAGAACACGUUGUGGUAAGAAACGAAGUUACAGGGCAUACAUUUAAAUUCCCUUGUGGGCGAUGGCUUGGUAAGGGCAUAGACGAUGGAUCUACUGAAAGAUUGCUAGUAGGUGCUUUAGUACCAAGUAGUAUUGAUAAUGAAGAAUUGGUAGAAUCGUGUUCGACUCCUCCAAGAUGUAGAUCUCCAAGUAUACCCAGACGACCUAUACUAUCCGAAGUUGAAUUGCAACAUAUGCUUGGAGAAGCUGUAAAUGCGAUUGUCAAAUAUUAUUACAGAAGAGAGUGCCAAGAUAGUUCUCUAACUGCCUUACUUUGUGGGGAGGGUGGACUCGUACCUUCCCUUGAACAAAUCUUUUUAUUCGGUUUUAAAAAUCAAAGAAUAUUUGGUAGAAAUUUUUAUGUUUGGGACUAUCUUUUACGAGUAAAAGAAAACUUUGAGAUAUCUUUAUUAGAAGAAAUGGACGAAUACUCACAGAGAUUAAAUAGGAGUAGAAAAAUACAGAGUAAUCAGAGGUUUACUAUCUUGAGAUGUUACAGUCAUCUUAUUGAUCAGAUUAAUAUAUUUAGUCAAACUUUAGGAAAAGACGGAAAGUUUCAGUUGUUCAUUUGUUUGGCAGCAAGAGAGCAAUUGCUUCAUCCAAUGUUAUGUCCGAUGAGCGAGGCACGUUCUACGUCGGAUAUGUACGAGGAGAAUUCGUUUUUGAGAAAUCCUAAUCUCUUGACGUUUCUUAUACAUAUUCUUGAACCGCUUAGCGACUUCCACAUUGUUCUUGAGAAAAGUUUGACUCAUGGAAUCUCUAGUAUAUGUUAAUCUGUUGUACAUUCCGUGUGUAUUUUGGAUGAAAGCUUCAUAAAAACGGCUGAACCAAAUGUGACACGAUGUUAUUGCAUUCAUUUUAUACACUGUUAAAGUCGAAAGACGAUAGGGAGACACCGGUGUUAGAGUAUAGGAUUUGGUGAAAUAAUUUGCAAAGAUGCAAAGAAUUUUAUUAUUACAAUAUUAUAUAUAUAAAAUUGAAUAUUAAAAAAAAAAAAAUGAAAAAAAAAAAGAAAGAAAGAACAAAUCGAAGACUGUUACCGGUGAAUGUAAAAUAGAAAUUUUUAGACGAGAAAUUAUUAAGAAGUGAGAAAGAGAGAGAGAGAGAGAAAGAUGCAUGCUAUUUACCGAAUGUAAGAUUCGAAGAGAGCAUGAACUUUCUUAUGCUAUUUUCAAUGCUCGUAUUAUUCAUGACAAGUGAUAUCUAGUUAACUUUUACUCAACUCCUUUUACUGCAGUUAUUAUUAAUGGGGAUAUAUGAAUGAACCUUUCUCUAAAUCAUCAUACGUACGAACGAACUAUGAACCAAAGAUUUUAAUCCUAUUAAUUUAUUAAUAUAAUUAAUGCCGUGUAUAUUAUUGCCAUUAUUUAAACAAAAUUAUAAUCUACUUUUUUUUUUUUUUUUUUGUCUUUUUAAUCCAUGUAAAAUAAUCAAGUGCUGUAAAAAUAUUUGGAUGACAUUUGUAUAGUAUCACGUCGGAGUAUCUUGUGUUAUUAUAUUUUUAACGUAAACAAUAUGAUACUCUUAAUAAUCUUCCUCUAAUAGAAAAUUGUCUAAAGAUCUCAGCUCGAUCAUUUGACAUUUGUGUAUGUACUCACGUUAUUUUUUACUGGCUGUGCUUUGAUUAAUACACGUUAAAAAAAAGUCUCAAGGGAAGGAAAAAAAAACGAAAAGAAAACAUAAAGACAUCGUGCAAGAAGUUUUUGUUAUGAUUUUAUGCUGUGUUAGAUUUGCGAACGUAAAACAUUGUUGAUUUCAUUAUUAUAUAAAUUGAAAUAUCUCAGAUAGCGCGCGUACAAUAAAAAAUAAAAUAAAUAAAUAAAUAAAUAAAAAAAAAAAAAAAAGAUAUAAAAGGCCUCCUAACUUUAAAAUAAAUAACUUUAAAGAAAUAUUAAAAAUCUAAUAAUACGCACUCUGGGAUAUUAUAAUUUAUUUAUAUAGAUUUAAUGGCAACAUUUCUCCAUGACAUAUGUAAUGUUUUAUUAGAUUUGCGUCAAAUUAAGUUUUUUUAUACGUUACUGUAAUAACGUCGUAUAAUUUAUUUUCAAAUUAUAUUUUUCAAUUGGAAUUCUUUUGACCUUGUCUAACGGAGAAGGACCAAAAACAUCUUUGUCAGUUAAAAAAAAGAGAAAAAAAAACGAGAGAAAAAAGCAAAAAAGAAAGAAAGAAUAAUUGGCAAUUCUUUCAAUAUCAUCAAUACAAUAAAAUACAUAUGCACAAUUCAUCUUAAGUCUUAUAGAUUAAAAAAAAAAAAAAUACGAGUUAUAUAUAUAUAUACACACGACAAACACACACCUACACACACACCCACACACACAGGACACACUUUCUACACUCUGUACUCGCUGUGAAGUGAUAAUACUAUACCGUUUUAAUAAUAACUAGACCGCAAAGUACAAUCGAAUUGCAAGCAUUUCAUAAUAUAAACUCGAAAAAGAAAGAAAGAUAGAGAAAGAAAUAAACAAAAAAAAAGAACAAAAA